AUGAUCGGCGUCCAGGGUCAGCAGGGCGUCUCAGCAGUGUAUGCAUCCCCGCAACAACCGCAACAGGUCGGCAUUGAUGUCAAUGGCGAUGGUCGGCCGGAUAUCAUGGUGCCGGUUGGAGCGCAGCCGCAAUACGUGGUUUAUCAACAGCAGGCAGCAACGGUACCGAUUGUGUCCCCUCAAGUACAGAUAUCGAAUCAGUCGCCUUACAGCCAGUCGCAGCCUGUCUAUGCUAACCCAUACGCCCAGUCUCAGCAUCAACAACAGGCUCAGGUGUACGGCAGCAGUCAGUACGCUCAGCAGCCUCCACAGCAAGUGCAGAUGUCGGUUCAAAGUAACAAGAAAAAUGGCAAGGACGACACUGAUGACCACUCGGCCGGCUGUGCUUGUUGCGCUUGCCUCAUGGUCAUACCAUGCUUUGCAGCCCUCGGGGCUCUACUCGGUAGCAUGUUCGGAGGCGACAUAGCUGAGGCACUAGGGGACGCUGCUGAUGCCAUUGGGGAUGCUAUCACAUAG